CUGGGAAAGUCAAAUCAAAGACAUUUCAGAUCACUUUGUCUACUGCUCAGCAAAAUGGCAGCUAUUUACACUAUACUGGUGUUAUUCCUGGCAGUUUUUGUUGCUGGAUUUAUAUUGUUGAUCAUGGGGGCAAUUAAUUUUGAUUUCUCCAACUCUGAAAUUCCUCCUGGAAUGAAUCAACCUGUGAAGCUCCGAAUCAUUCAUAUUAUUUUAAUAUGCAUAGCUGUGGUGGGGAAGAUUUUGGAAAAGAUUGGUAUCUGCAGUCAGAUUAACUUUGUCCGGUACAUGCAAGGUGUAAGGACUCUGGGAGCAGACCAGAAGCUCUUCAUCAAGGACCUGUGUUUUGGGAAAGUGCCUGUAAGGAUUUAUCAGCCUAAGGCUCCAUCUUCCAGCCAAAGGAGGGGAGUUAUGUUUUUCCACGGAGGAGGAUGGACACUUGGAAGUGUUGACACCCAUGAAAACCUAUGCCGCUCUCUUGCCCGAGAAAGUGACUCAGUGGUUGUAUCUGUUGGGUACCGUUUAGCUCCUGAACACAAAUACCCUGCUGCGUAUGAAGACUGUCUUAAUGCUACCAUACACUUCAUGAGGAACACAGAGCACUAUGGGGUGGACCCUGCCCGUAUAAGUGUCUGUGGGGACAGUGCAGGGGGCAAUCUAGCAGCUGCUGUUAGCCAGACCCUGGCAGGUAGAUCAGACCUCCCAAAGCUACGUGCUCAGAUCUUGAUCUACCCACACCUUCAGGCACUGGACUUCAAUUUACCAUCCUAUCAGCAAAAUCAGGGAGUCCCUCUCUUAUUCCGAGAACGUGCUGCUUUUUUUGCUUUGCAGUACCUAAAUGGGGAUACAUCACAUAUGGAAGAGGUCUUGGAGGGCUCACAUAUUCCUAUAGAUAUUAAAUUAAAUUAUAAUAAGUGGAUGAGUCCAGACAACAUCCCUGAAAAAUUUAAGGCCAGAGGCUACAAAUCACAUGUGCUACUUGACUGUCCAACUGUAGUUUAUGAGACAAUGAAAAGAUUCUGUGAGCCCAACCUGUGUCCCCUGCUAGCUGAAGAUGCUGUUAUUCACCAGCUGCCAGAGUCUUUCAUCUUGACUUGUGAGUUUGAUGUGCUGAGGGAUGAUGGCUUGCUGUACAAGAAGAGACUGGAGGACAAUGGAGUUCACGUGACCUGGUACCACCUUGAGGACGGAUUCCAUGGAAUCAUGAACUUUUCUAAUAGUGACUGGAUGUCCUUUUCAUCUGGAGAAAGGGGUCUCAACAAUAUUGUGAACUUCCUAAAAAGCUUAUAGAAACAAUUUCUUUCCUUCCAUAAGAAUUACCAAUUUUCUGUGGUCAUUGUGCUUCUAAAUUCCAUGUAAGAGGUUUAGAUUGGACAGUUUCAGAGCAAUUAUGCCAGCGUGAUCACUCCAAAAGUAUAUUUAAAG